AUGGCGUUCCGCCAUUCUACGUAUCAGGCCCCACAGCGCGUCUACACUUUACCAGACAAGAGCGAGACCCAGGCACUUGCAGAAAGGCUUGCACAACCAUCUCAAAAUGUGGCAGAAUCACAGGAAUGGAUUUUGUUUGACCCCUCAGCGGCUUCGACCACCGAUCGCACCUACACCACAUCUUCAGCACAGACGCAAACCGCUGGUCGGUCUCGUAUCAGUGACUUUGGUAGUUUAGAUACAGCUGCGAGGAGCUACGGUUAUGAUGCGGAUGGCAGAAGCGGGCACACAGAAGACUUGGAGGAAGAUGGGGAGCUGGAUAGCUUGGAUAGCCACCUUCAGGAGUUCAGAGCGGAGCCGAGUGUGUAUAGGUCGAGUGGAGUAGGAGAGGCUAGCACAUCGGUACUACCGCAACACGAUGGCCUUGGGAGCUUCCGGGUCGAUCAGGCACUUAUGGGUGAUGAUAUGCAAGAGCAGUUGUACGCCUUUGAAAGGUAUAAUCCUCGGAGAAUAAAGAGGCGACGGGAGAGCUUAGAGUUGGGCCAGUUGGAAUUGGAUAACGAGAGGGCUGCAGAGGCAGAACGAACACGACGGAUUGAGAAAUGGAGGAUGGAACAGAGUCGGCUGUUGGUAGAUGAGAUUCAGAAAGAAACGAGAAGGCGGAAGAUGUCAAUGGCAAGUGAGAGAAGAAGUGUUGUAGUUGACCGAGAACAAGAGGACAUUGCCACGUUGAGCACAGUGGAUUCUUCCGGCUCAACUGACGUGGCUGACGACACCGAAACUUUCUUGAACCGGAUCACGAAGAGACUGAUCCAUGACUUGAUGGGCAUUGACGAUGAUCUACUCUCGAUAAUCUUUGGAGAGUCGAUACCAGUGGAUGACGACCUUUCGUCUACUCCUCGAACAAAAGCAACAAGCGAUAUCCAGAAUGGUCUCAUCUCAAUGAAUGGAUCCGAAUCUUGGGAGUAUCGUCUCGUAGAGCGAAUAGCCCGUGAGCUGGGACUACUCGUGAAUGGAAUUUCCGACCACCCUGGUGCUUUCUCAACAUACUUAAACUCGCAACAGCCCCCUUUACCUUACGCAGGACUCCCUAUCAUCCCAGAAACUGCUCGCGACCAACCUGUUCCAUCUCAACUUCAAGAAUCGACUCUCACCUCACCCAACCCUGAAUUUCUUCCAACCAUCCAAAACUCACAAGCAAUGCCAAUCCCAAUAUCCGGCACCUCCCUUGCCCCAUCUCCGCUACGAGAAGACGACUCCACGCCCAGAGCAUCAAAUCCCCUAUCUAGAGAAGAAUGGGAACGAGAUCUUGAUGUAAAGAUGGUCUUCCGCUACCUUCGCUCACGCUUCACGACCAAAUUCCAAUCCUCACCUCCUGCACCGGCUCCGAUUUCCUCCCCUGAUUUCUUCACUACCCAUGGCACUUCUCAUCUUGCCACAGCAUCUACGUCCGAGACCGCUGCUCGAGCAGCAAGAGUACGACAACAUCACCCUCUCGUCACCCGCCAGAACUCGACCCCGCGACGCAGGCAAAUCGAAAGACGGACUUUCAAAGUUUCUGUUCCUGGUGGCGUGGCGGGUGGUGGUCUUGUCAGAAGAGGAAGUAGUAGCUGUGCGAGCGAGCAUCUGAGUGCCGCGGGAGCUGCACUGAGUGCUGUGGGAACGAAAAGAAAUAGUGGGAGCAGUAGACAUUAUUGGGAUUUUGGUAAUGGAGGAAGUACGGUUGGAAGUGGGAGCAUGAUUGCUAGCACUGGGGGCAUGGGAAGUUGGGGGGAGGUUUGA